UUUAAACAGGAAUAAUAACAGCAGACACCGGCGGUUAUACAAAGAGCGCAGUCGGUUUUACCGGUGGUUGUCAUCAUGGAAGAGUACAACACUGGGGAUGAUGUCAUUUUUAAUACUGAUGAGACAAGUAACUUAAUAAAAGAGUGUAUCGAAGGGGUCAUUGGUGGAACAGAUUAUAAUCAGAAUAAAGUCAACCAGUGGACAGCAAGCAUAGUGGAGCAUUUACUGAACCACCUGAUCAAACAAGGACGGCCAUUUAAAUACAUAGUGAACUGUGCUGUCAUGCAGAAAAGUGGUGCAGGUCUCCACACAGCCAACUCUUGCUACUGGGACACUGCUACAGACGGAAGUUGCACGGUCAGGUGGGAGAACCGCACCAUGUACUGCGUGGUCAGUGCGUUUGCUGUCGCCGUGGCACUGUGAUGGCAAAGCCACAUCGGGCGGGUUAUUCCUCCAAAUACCAUCUGUUCUACAGCUUCGUUUGAAAUGACAUCAAGAAGCAUCUAAGCAGAUACCUUCAUCAUGGCUGUUUUUUGUUUUUCUCCAGGUGGAAACGAUUGUGUGCUGUUUUUGUGCGGGUCAAACUUAUUAUUCAAUGGUUAGAACCUAGUAUUUAAAAAAAAAAAUUUGCAAACAUGGUACUCACAAUUUUUGUCCUAAAAGUAUUUCCAUCAAAU